GUACCGAACGAAACUUGCUUCCACUUGGUACACAGUCCGUCAGUUGAGAUUCGACACAGAGCAAGACUAGAAGACUGACGACUGGGACGUGACGCGACCGUGUAUAUAUCUCAGCGCAUAGAUAUAUCACUAACCAUUAGUAUACUAAUAAUCUAGAACGUAGAGAGCUUCGCUGUUAUCAACCCGCGCGAUGAAACCGGAUCGUGAUUGGGAAAAGUACUGAACAGAAUCCCGAAAACCAAAGUGAAUCAAGCGCUGUUAUCAAAACCAACGACGAGAGGCUUUGAUUGAGACGACCGAGUGAGUGUGUGCUAUGUGCUAGUGAUUAGUUUUAGAUGGUGCAACGAGGCUAAGAUCGUCAAGGUAGAUAAGUACACAGUGGCGAUUCCGAUCAGUGCAAGCGACUAAAAUCGUCUCGGAUCGCCAGUACCGAGAUCUCCGGGUGUGAUUCGAAGGAAAUUUGAGUUUUGUGGAACAUCUGUGUUCGCCCUGUUCUCCUGAACUUGGCUUCAUCGGUCAAUUUGGAUCAAAGACAGCGCUGAGGUUCCUGCUCGUAUUGUAGUAGUGGUUAAUACGUGCCGUCUAUAACAGCCAAAAAAAAAGUAUCACCACCCGUGGCUGCCGUCGUUGUCGUCGUCUUUCUCGUAGUCGUCAUAAUUGGCAAAAGUUGAAUAAAAAUUCUUAUAGAUUUAUGACUGUGUAGAACUCGAGUAAGCUAAUAUAUAGACUACUCCGGGCCAAACGUCACUCUAAAUUGCUUUGAAUUUGAACUGCGUGCAGGCACACUGCGGCUCUGGACGUGUAGGUGCACUCGUUCCACCUAAAAUUUCGAAUCACCUCUGAACACCCACGCAAAAACAGGCGGUUCUGUCCUUGGAAACGGCCAGAAAUUUUUUCGUUAAUCUCGCAUCUAAAAUUCUGCAUCUGCAUACUACACGCGCACAUUGCAGAAUAAGUUUUGCCUUCCAUCCGCCGUACUUGUGUAAGUGAAGCUCGAAAAGAAAGGAAAAUAAUUUCAUUUUCUGGUGCAAAAUAUACACAUAGUCGAGAACGCAAAACGCCAACCAUACUGCAAUAAAUAAAAAGGUGCCUAGCAGAAGCGUAAGCCGCGGCAUUGAAGAAGAGUACAAGCAAAAACAAUAAAUAUAUUCAAGCGAAAGUAAACAAGACAUACUCUUCGAUGCGUUUAAUGAAACCGAUGACGAUUGUGUGAAGCUUCGCCUAGUUAGUGCUUCAGCCCGCCCAGUACGUAGCACGUUUUACCUUUCAGCCGAAUAGAUUUUAUUCAUUCCGUCACGCCGAUCAAAACUACUAACUAGCGGACUAUUCGCAUAAUCGACCUUACUGGAGGCAAACAACACACGCUCGUAGAAGGCUGUAAAAGGGUAACUACACACCUUAUAGCAAGAGCACAAGAAAACACUUAACAACUACGACGAGAAUGGCUGAUCUCAACGAGGACGAGAUGAAGCACUGCUACGAGAAUCUGAUCGUGGUAGACGUUGGCGCCAACCUGACCAACAAAAAGUACAUCCGUGACCUGGACUCGGUGAUACAACGCGCGAAAGAUUCUGGCGUCCAAAAGAUCAUGGUACCAGGUACGUCGGUCAAAUCGAGCAAGGAGGCCCUUCGUCUGACGCGUAUCUACCCAGGCAUCAUUUACUCGACGGCGGGAAUCCAUCCACAUGAUUCGAAAUCAAUCAUCGAAGAACCGAGCACGUGGCACGACUUUGAGGUAAUUGCCGGUGCACCGGAGUGCGUUGCAAUUGGACCGUGCGGGCUCGACUACCAGCGGGACUUCAGCGAACCGUGCACCCAGAAGGAAAUCUUCGAGCGACAACUGAAGUUGGCCUGCAGCUUGCAGAAACCCAUACUGAUACACGAACGAUCUGCCCAGGAGGAUGUGUUGGAAAUACUCUCGAAAUUCCAGCCUACACCGCAGAUCAUCAUCAGAGGCUUCAUGGGAACAACUGAAGAAGCGUUGAAAUAUCUCCAACGGGAUUACUACAUAUCACUAACAGGUUAUCUUUGCAAGGAUAAAUCCGACACGGGAGUGCGCAAACUGCUCGAGGACGGUCGCCUUCCUCUGGAACGUCUCCUGGUGGAAACCGAUUCACCCUUCAUGUACCCGAACACACGUGCUUCCAAGCUGCCGCAGCACGUUAAAACUGGCCUCACCGAACGAUCUCUGCUGUACUUGCACCGCUACUGUACCUUUCAACGUAACGAACCAUGUAGCUUACCGGCGAUCGUGGAAAUGAUUGCCGCAUUCAUGAACAAAAAGCCCGAAGAUGUUGGCUUGGCAACGGCAUUCAACGCGCUCAAGUUAUUUGGCCUGUCCCAAUGAUGGGAAUUCAAACGAGACAAAAAAAAACACAACGACAAUGAGCUCUAAAACGAAAACGAUAUUUUCCCAAUCCCAUGAUUUUAUCCUAUUAUCAAGAAACGAUUUCACAUCCCUAUCGAAUCCUGUUAACGUAAAAUAUUUUAAACACGAUUUUAUAUUCCUUGCACACCAACACACGAUUGUUAAUUUGAACCUAUUUAAGUCUUGCCUGAUGAUAGUUAUCAAAAAACGUAUAUUAAUGUUGUUCUAAUUAUUGUACCAUGUGGCUGCUCCAAGAGCUAUUCUUUAUUACUACCUACCGCUGUUUUGUACAUUUUAGGUAAAAAAAAUACUGCGCGUAGAUGCAUUAGAUUGUAAGCUUGAACAAACGAAUUGUGUUAAUUUGAAUUUAUGUUCUAUAUGUGAAGCUAAAGACUGAAGUUACUAAAACAUUAGAAGAAAAGGAAAAGUGAGACGAAACGUUAAAUUUGAAACACCAACCGCUAACCAAAAUGUUUACUACUAAAUGCGCUAAUCCCGCAGGAUUUGGCGAGGGUGGAAAACCUACUCGUUUCCCGAGAAAUGGUACUCGAUCAGGGAACAAUCUCAGUUAGUAUAGGCAAAAGCGUUUCUACACAUUCCUUGCCAAUGGCUGUUUCUCGAGAAAUGACUAGAUUUUGGAUUCCGGAGGCCUCUCCGGAGGCUUUCUUUUAGAAGCUUCUAGAAGAAUUUUGAAAAUGAAGAAAAAAAAGCAAUCGUGUCGCCAACUGACUACGAAAAUGACUAGAUAGAGUGCUCUUAUCAUGUUGCUAAGAAAUAUUGUUAGAUCUAGAUAUUUAGGGGGAAACUAUUUCAUCAAGUGAUUGUUGUUCACUCAGUUAUACAUAUUUGUGUUGAAAGGUGACGAAAAACAAUAUAAUUAUAGGAAGAAAAGUGCCAUAAUGUAUCUUACUGUAAAGAUUUGAAUGUGACACUCUGUAUUCACCGUGUAAAUUAUUGAGAUUGAAAUAAAAAGAGUAUAUUUUUAUAGAAAA